ACAAAUAACCAGAAAGGAACUGAAAUCAAAUCAAUAGAGAAGAAGAAGAGAGAAAGAAAGAGAAGUCACUUUGAUCACAGAAGAGAGAAGAGAUCUUCUUCUUCUACUUCUACUACUUCCACACAGAAAUCAUUCUCAGAGACACAAAUUACAUUCACACAGAUUCAUACUACCUUAUUAUGUUCUUCUCUUCUAUCACUUAUUACUUUCACACUCUCAAAAUUUCAUCCCCAAAUUUUUCGGGCACCCAAAUUUUGAUCUCUUCUUCUUCUUGAAUUUCAUCUUGAUUUGAAUUGAUUCGUCAUGUAAAUUCAGUGUAAAUUUCUUUACAAGACUAAACGAACAAAUUUCAUUAGAUCUGGUGAUUGGUUUUUUCACUCUGUUAGAGUUAUCUAGGUUUUUUUCUUUGGUUGAUAAUGGCUGUGAAAAGGGGAGCUGGAAGGAAUAAUGGUGGUUUUUGUGGAUUAAGGCUACCAGUGAUACUUCUAUUGUUUUUCUCAGUUCUUGCUCCUUUGCUUUUUCUUACUGGACGUGGAAUCCAUUUUAGGGAUUCAACUGAUCAAAAGGAUGUUACAAGUGUUAGUCAGAUUUCAAACUGGAGAGAGCGCUUGGCCAUGCAACACUUAAAACCUCUCUUCUCAAAGGAGGUCCUUGAGACCAUCACAGCAAAUACACAGGACUUGGAGCCAUGGAGUCUUGAUAAUAUGAGGAAGCAUCCUUUGUCUUCUUCAUGGGAAGUUGGUGGGUUGGAAGCUGACCAGAACAAGACCACUUUGAAUGAGCCAAAAGACACAGCUUCAGAUGCAGCAAAAAUUACUUCUCAAAAUAAAGAGGAAAAUGUUGCCAAGGCUGGUGAUCAUUCUGUACUUGCUGACACACCAGCAAAACAACAAAGACGGCGAUUGAGAGAGCAAAGGCGUGAAAAACGGGCCAAUCAGUUGGUUCACCAAGAUGAUGAGGCGAUUAUUAAACUAGAAAAUGCAGCCAUUGAACGCUCCAAAGGUGUGGAUUCUGCAGUUUUGGGAAAAUACAGCAUUUGGAGGAGAGAUUUUGAGAAUGAAAACUCUGAUUCAACAGUGCGUUUAAUGCGUGAUCAAAUGAUAAUGGCUAGGGUGUAUUCAAGCAUUGCAAAGAUGAAAAACAAACUUGACUUGUACCAGGAACUAUUAACUAGGUUAAAAGAAAGCCAACGUUCUCUAGGAGAGGUGACUACUGAUGCAGACUUACCUAAGAGUGCACCCGAGAAAAUCAAAGCUAUGGGUCAAGUUUUGUCAAAAUCAAGAGAACAACUCUAUGACUGCAAGCUGGUAACUAUGAAGCUAAGAGCAAUGCUUCAAUCUGCAGACGAACAAGUGAGGAGCUUGAAGAAGCAAAGCACAUUUCUGAGCCAGUUAGCUGCCAAGACUGUUCCAAAUGGGAUCCAUUGCCUAUCUAUGCGUUUAACAAUUGGCUAUUACCUCCUACCUCUUGAGAAAAGAAGGUUUCCUAGGAGUGAAAAUUUGGAAAACCCGAGUCUUUACCAUUAUGCUCUUUUCUCUGAUAAUGUCUUAGCUGCAUCCGUUGUGGUCAACUCAACCAUCAGAAAUGCCAAGGAGCCAGAGAAGCAUGUGUUCCAUCUUGUGACUGAUAAAUUGAACUUUGGAGCCAUGAAUAUGUGGUUUUUGUUGAAUCCACCUGGGAAAGCCACCAUUCAUGUUGAAAACGUCGAUGAAUUUAAAUGGCUGAACUCCUCCUACUGCCCGGUUCUGAGGCAACUUGAAUCUGCUGCUAUGAAAGAGUACUAUUUCAAGGCAGAUCAUCCCACGACGCUCUCUGCUGGUUCUUCCAAUUUGAAAUACAGGAAUCCAAAAUAUCUUUCUAUGUUGAACCAUCUGAGGUUCUAUCUCCCACAAGUAUAUCCUAAGUUGAAUAAAAUCUUGUUUCUUGAUGAUGAUAUUGUGGUCCAGAAAGACUUGACUGGAUUGUGGGCAGUUGAUCUCCAUGGAAAAGUAAAUGGUGCAGUGGAGACCUGUGGGGAGAGCUUCCACCGUUUCGACAAAUAUCUGAACUUCUCUAACCCCAAAAUUGCAAGGAACUUCGAUCCCAAUGCUUGUGGGUGGGCAUAUGGUAUGAAUAUGUUUGAUCUUGUAGAGUGGAAGAAGAAGGACAUUACUGGAAUCUAUCACAAGUGGCAGAACAUGAAUGAAGAAAGGACGCUUUGGAAGUUAGGAACUUUACCUCCUGGACUUAUUACAUUCUACGGGCUGACACAUCCACUGGAGAAGACUUGGCACGUGCUCGGAUUGGGAUAUAACCCUAGCAUCGAUCGCGCAGACAUAGAUAAUGCAGCCGUUAUCCAUUAUAAUGGGAACAUGAAACCUUGGCUGGAGAUUGCAAUGACCAAAUACAGGCCAUACUGGACCAAGUAUAUCAAGUACAAUCAUCCUUACCUUCGCAAUUGCAACCUAAAUGAAUAAAUACACAACAACGGCUUACUGACUUCUUGCCAGACCAGAUAUUCUCUCUUCCAUACAUUGGUUGUAUCGAAAAUGAAAAUACAUGUCAGCUUCCACAUUAGUUAUUCUUCCCCCCAUGUCCAUUCAGCAUUCUUGCGAUUGAACAGGUGAAUGAGUUGUUAUUAACAGAUUGUUUUGUGAGGUCAAUUUUUUGUAGUUUUAAUUUGUAAUAUGCCAUGUUCAGCCAUUACAGAAAAAAUAUCCAUCUUCCUUGUACUACGAAACAUUAAUGAAGUUCGAAUUAAUAUAGAACUAUCACGUGUGAUAAGAA